AUGGUGAGAAUUAAAGUGAACGAAGGGGUGUUGGAGGGAAGUAAAGUGGAUAAUGUUUACGGCAAGCCCUAUUUUAGUUUCAAAGGUAUUCCGUACGCUGAGCCCCCUGUUGGCGAUUUGAGAUUUAAGGCGCCAAAGCCUAAAACGCCAUGGACUGGAGUUCGUGAGGCAAAAGAGCACGGCCCUGAAAGCUGUCAAUAUGAUCCUUUGUCAACACAAUCAGCGCAAUUCAAAGGUGAAGAAGAUUGUCUGUAUCUAAAUGUAUAUACUCCUAAUAUUGAACCAGAGGAACCACUUUCCGUCAUGGUGUACAUUCACGGUGGUGGAUUUUUUAACGGUAGUGGAAAUUCCGAUCGAUAUGGACCCGAGUUUCUGAUAAAACAUAAUGUCAUUCUGGUGACGAUAAAUUAUCGCCUGGAUGUACUUGGAUUCCUUUGCCUUGAUACCGAAGAUAUUCCUGGGAACGCGGGAAUGAAAGAUCAAGUUGCUGCACUCAGGUGGGUGCAGAAUAACAUAAGCUACUUUGGAGGUGAUCCUGAAAACGUAACUAUUUUUGGCGAAAGUGCUGGAGCAGCCAGUGUAUCGGCACACUUAGUUUCGCCGAUGAGUAAAGGACUUUUCAAAAGAGCCAUAACACAAAGUGGAUCAUCACUUUGUCCAUGGGCACAAACAUAUGGAGCUCGUGAUAGGGCUAUCCUACUUGCUAGAGAAUUAGGAUGUGAAUGCAAGGAUGACAAGGAGAUAUUUGAAUUUUUCAAAAACCAACCAGCCGUAAACCUAGUAAAUAAAAAAGUGCCAAUAAUUUUUACCGAAACCGCUAAAUUAUCUUCAAACAUUCACUUUGGUAUUGUUGUAGAAAAAAAAUUCGAAGGUCAAGAAUGUUUCAUUAAAGACGAUUUUUUUGAUCUUACGCGAAACGGUAUUCAUGAAGGGAUAGAAGUUAUAAAUGGGUACACAGAGGAUGAAGCUAUUGUCUAUUUUUCGAGUUGCAAUGUUGAUCAGGUGUUUGAACAAGUCAAUCAGUUUGCGCAAUUCUUGGUGCCCCAAGAUAUAAUGAAACAAGUUCCCGUUGUCCAGCAAAUGGUCCUUGGCAAUAAAAUGAAAAAGUUUUAUUUCAAAGAUAAAUUUGUCAACAAGGAACGUAAUUUUGAUGAAUUAUUGAAAUUCUUGAGUAUGGAUUUAUUUAUACACGGCGCCCUAACUUGGCAAAAAAUGUGUGCUAAGAGAGGCAAAAAUAAAAUUUAUUUAUACAAAUUUUCAUGCAAAUCUGAAAGAAACAUUUUUGCACAAUUGAUGGGAUGCAGUUUCAUAUAUGAUCACAGAAUUCCUGUUUCGCACGUUGAUGAUUUAUUUUAUCUAUUUCCUUCUUCAAAUGCCCUACCAGAAGUUGAUAUGAAUUCCAACACCUACAAAAUGAUUGAACAAGUUACCAAAUUGUGGACAAAUUUUGCAAAAUAUGGGAACCCCACGCCUGAUGAUAGUUUAGGGGCACAAUGGCUCCCGUAUACGGCUGAACAAAAGCAUUAUUUGGACAUUGGAGAGGAACUCACUCCUGGUACAUCUCCGGAUGAAGAACACAUCAAGUUUUGGGACGAGAUAUACAAAGAGUAUUGUCCACAAAAAUUGUGUUAA